UGGAAAUAAUUUUAGUGUUAUUCGAAUGGGCAACGAUACAAUAUGGUAGUACGGACAAUAAUAUUAUUAUAUACAUAUAUAACGGUAGUGUUUCUGUUAUGCUGUGUAUUUACAAGUGUUUCCACGCUAUCCACUGAUCAGUCAUAUUACUCAUAUAAGGAUAUUGAAAACACACGGCAAAUAAAAUGGGCACCAGUGGCACGUCCGCCUAAAUCUACGGGACAUUAUCCAACGCCUCCAUCAAGAGCAGAAGACGGCAUAGAAAGUGGGAGAAUAUGGGAUAGACAGCCUUUACGUGUGACAACAGCUGUACCAUCACCAACUGUUGAAGUGGGAUGGCGGUUUAACUUCCAAACAUACCCUCGUCUUACAAAUAGAAGGGAUAGAAUUGUUUUUCCGAUUAAAAACUAAACGACUCGGAGAAGGACUUAACAAGAGGAAACACAGAAGCGGAUAUUCAAAUCGGAUACGAGAUUGGAUAUGAGUUUAUGUUCAAUUAAAAUUAUUAGUGCGAUUUUGUGCUCGAAAAAUUAUGUAUUAACUCAUUAAUGCUUAAAUCUGAUUUAAAUUCAAAAUAUUUGAAUAUUUAUUGUGCACAUAUUAAGUAUUAUUAUGAAGAAAGAGAAAUGAUAACGGGUGGUCUCUAGGGACAUUGAUAUUAUUAACAAAAAUUUGAGUAAUCAAUUCAGUUUAAGUGUUAUCCGCAGCGUGAAAAUGAGUCAUAACAAGAAGUAUUUAAUAUUAGUUCACUGAAAUAUUUAUUUCUCUCCCAAGAA